AUGGAAUUGCGUUGGCCAGCUAUAGGGAAUGGAACCAAAGAAAAUUCUCACCAACCAACAACUUUGAUAACUGGAGAUUUUGGCAGGAUAAGAGACGUAGCUGCUCAUACCACGCACAAUUUUGGUGCUGCAGUCACAGAAACAGAUGAAGUUUACGUUUGGAGUGCUUUAGGUAGCAGCAACAUUGACCCAGAAGUUUUGAACCCGACAAAAUCCCCACUCACUUCGCUUGAUGAAGUUUUUGCGAAUGUUCCAAAUGGGGCCCUUACAUUCCGACCAUUGCGUCCUAACCCGAUAGAAGAAAAGAACGCUGCAAACGAAAAUCCGGAAUGGCUCAAGAAAUCUUUUGAUGACAACGAUACUGCUGACGUUGUUUUUGUGGUCGAGGGAAAGAAAAUUCAUGUGCACAAAGCAAUUUUGAUAAUGAGAUGCGCUGUCUUCAGGACGAUGUUCCAGGGCGAUUGGAAGGAGAGCAACCAAACGGAGCAAAUCAUCGAGCAUCACAGCUACGAUGUAUUUUACGCCUUUUUGAGAUACUUCUACACCAACGAGGUUGAUUUGCUGCUAGAUUUGGCUUUCGAGCUUUUCGCCUUGGCCGACUUAUAUCGCAUGACUGAUCUGCAAAAGGAGUGCUUGAAAACUGUCCAAAGAGUCGUGACAGUGGAAAAUGCAGCGUGGAUUUACGAUCAAGCAAUUCAACUUGAUGUUGAGGAAGUCAAGCAGUUCGUUUUGAACUUCUGCAAGAAGCACAUGAAUGCUGUUGUGAAGAGUGAUGGCUUCAAGCUCUUGAAGGAUAAUGUCGUGAGAGAUUUCGUUCUUCGCGCUGCGCAGCAAGAUGCGUUUCAAAAAUGAUUGGCGGGCGACUGCCUCUUUUAGAGAAGCGGAAUAUUUACUGUCUUCCUUAUCCGCAUUACUUUCCUAACGAGUGUAUAUAACGUCC